AGGAAGAAGAAGAAGAAGAAGAAGAAGAAAGAAAGAAGAAUUGGGGUUUUAUUUUUUUUCUGCUUUUGCCGGGAAAUCCAAGAGAAAUGACGGGCGGUGGUGCGUCAUCGGGAAGGCUGCCGACAUGGAAGGAGAGAGAGAACAACAAGAGGAGGGAGAGAAGGAGAAGAGCCAUUGCCGCUAAGAUUUACACGGGUCUUAGAGCUCAGGGAAACUACAAGCUUCCCAAACACUGCGAUAACAACGAGGUCUUAAAAGCUCUCUGCGCCGAAGCCGGGUGGGUCGUCGAUGAGGACGGAACCACCUACCGAAAGGGAUGCAAGCCACCACCGGGUGAAAUUGGGGUCGCUUCGACGAACAUCAGUGCGUGUUCCUCCAUUCAACCAAGCCCACAGUCCUCAUCCUUCCCUAGUCCUGUACCAUCCUACCAUGCUAGCCCAUCAUCAUCCUCCUUCCCAAGCCCGACUCGCUUCGAUGGCAACCCGUCCUCUUACCUUCUCCCAUUCCUCCGUAACAUAGCUUCCAUCCCCACAAAUCUACCUCCUCUUAGAAUCUCAAAUAGCGCACCUGUUACUCCACCUCUCUCUUCGCCAACUUCCAGAGGUUCAAAGCCAAAACCUGAUUGGGAGUCGCUUUCUAAUGGCUCCCUAAACGCAUUGCGCCACCCUCUUUUUGCCGCCUCCGCCCCUUCAAGCCCUACACGCCGUCACCAUCUCACGCCUGCUACAAUUCCGGAGUGUGACGAGUCUGAUGCUUCGACUGUAGAUUCUGGUCGCUGGGUUAGUUUCCAGAUGGGGACAGCCUCAGUAGCUCCUCCUUCCCCGACAUUCAAUCUUAUGAAACCGGUGGCUCAGCAGAGUGCUCUCCAGGAUGCAGUUGGUGGGCAUAGCAUGAUAGGGUGGGGCCCCCCUGCAGAGAGGGCUCGAGGCUCAGAGUUUGAGUUUGAGAAUUGCAGGGUUAAACCGUGGGAGGGCGAGAGGAUUCAUGACAUAGCCGUGGAUGAUCUGGAGCUUACGCUUGGGAGUGGGAAGACUCAUGGUUAAGAUCGACAUGAAGAUUAAGCAUGAGAAUGUGUACAAACAGAAGGAAAUAGAUUACCAAAACUAUAUGAUUUCGCUGUGCAUUCUCAAUCAAACAUCUCGCAGCCCUGUGGUGUCUCUUGAUGUCUACUGUGAAAGAGACUGACUACUGCCACGGUUGGGAGACUUCAACAUCAUCAUAUUUGGUUCAUCUUCUUUCUUUGUUGUAUGUACAGUUUCCUUUCUCUUGGAGAGCCGGUACAGGAAUCUGAACAUAUAUUUGUUUCGGUUGCUGAAGAGCAAGCUUCAAUGUAAGUACUGAUUGGAUCAUCUUUCAUGCGGUGGGAACAACUCGAAUACUUGGGGGUGAAUUCGAGAGGUUAUUUUUCUUCUUUCUCUAGACUAUGCUUUGAAGUUAAUUCAGAGGUUAAUUUAUCAUAAGAUCCAAUUAAGAUUAGGAUUACCAUGUGGAUGGUAUGGUCUCACAUGCCUCAAGCUCAAGCUAUAUCUAAAAAGUAGUUAAUUAUUAUCAGAUCCAUCUUGUUCGGGAAAAAGGGAUCCCUUUCUUUUGUUUAGUUUGUAAUGUAGAAAUAUCUUGGCAAUAUCUAUGACACAUUAAGUCCUCAUGUGUUCUAAUGCAUUUGUUACAUUCCCAA